AUGAAGGCAAAUCAGACAAUGGUCACAGAGUUUAUUCUACUGGGAUUUGGUCUUGGUCCAAAGAUUCAGAUUUUCCUCUUUGGCCUCUUCUCUCUGUUCUACAUCAUCACCCUGCUGGGGAACGGGGUCAUCCUGGGGCUCAUCUCCCUGGACCCCAGACUGCACACCCCCAUGUACUUCUUCCUGUCCCACCUGGCCAUCGUGGACAUCGCCUACGCCUGCAACACGGUGCCCCAGAUGCUGGUCAACCUCUUGGAUCCAGCCAAGCCCAUCUCCUUUGCCGGCUGCCUCACGCAGACUUUUCUCUUUUUGGCCUUUGCUCUCACCGAAUGCCUCCUCCUGGUGGUGAUGUCCUAUGACCGGUACGUGGCCAUCUGCCACCCCCUCCGCUACUCCGUCAUCAUGAGCUGGAGGGUGUGCAUCGCCCUGGUGCUCACCUCCUGGGUCUGCGGCUCGCUCCUAGUGCUGGUCCACGUGGCUCUCAUCCUGAGGCUGCCCUUCUGUGGGCCCCGGGAGAUCAAUCACUUCUUCUGCGAGAUCCUGGCUGUCCUCAAGCUGGCCUGCGCGGACACCACGCUCAACAAAAUCGUCAUCUUCGUGGCUUGUGUCUUCAUCCUGGUGGGGCCGCUCAGCCUGGUGCUGGUGUCCUACAUGCGCAUCCUCACGGCCAUCCUGGGGAUCCAGUCCGGGGAGGGCCGCAGAAAGGCCUUCUCCACCUGCUCCUCCCACCUCUGCGUGGUGGGGCUCUUCUUCGGCAGCGCCAUCGUCAUGUACAUGGCCCCCAAGUCCCGCCACCCCGAGGAGCAGCAGAAGAUCCUCUUCCUGUUCUACAGUUUUUUCAACCCGAUGUUGAACCCUCUGAUCUACAGCCUGAGGAAUGCAGAGGUCAAGGGCGCCCUGAGGAGAGUGCUGGGCAAGGGAGGCCACUCCCAGUCGCAGUGA